GAAGCGCAAGGAGCGACCGGGGGAGGCGACGCCCGGUUGGAGCGUCCAGCUCACCUGAGGGAGUCGCCUCUAGAGGCCACAGGAAGGACGUUGGCGCAAACUUGCUUCUGCUUCUUCUACUGUCUAGAAGAGCUCAGGUGUUUAGAAGAACAUGUAGCAGAGUUUUUCAUUAGAUCAAUGGACUGUGUCAUGGAACUAUACUAAGAUGGACAUCUCUACAGGAAGAGACCAACUUCCUUACAGAAAAGUUUCUAGAAAUACCAGCAAAAUAUACAAAGGUUUUACUGCUGCAUAUCCAACACAAUCUUCCAUUCCUUGUAAAAGUCAGAAGUUUAUACUUCCAGAACCAGAGAAAAAAGGAUUUAAUAGUCAAGUGAAGAGAUUUUAUGAUAAAAAGGAUGAUAUACCAGGCCCUGGGUUCUACAAUGUCAUUCACCAAUCUCCAGUGUCCAACAGUGUCUCCUUGUCUAAGAAAGGAACAUGCACUUUCCCCUCUAUGCGUGCCCGAAUGGACCCCAUCAUUUCUAAAUUUCCUGCAGCCAAUGCAUAUACUAUCCCAUCACAUUUUUCUUCAAAGAAAGACUUCAGUAAUUCCUGCUCCAGCAUGUUCCAGUCACCAAGCUUUGCAAAAGCUUUCAAAUUUGAAACUCCUGCACCAAAUCAUUACAAUGCUUCAAUCUCUUGCUGCAAGCUGAGUAAUAACGUCUGUGCCAGAGCCGGGUUUCUAUCAAAAACCCAGAGAGGAACUUUGACUCUUAGUGAAAGAGGACCUGCUCCAGGGCACUAUAAUAUCAACGAAUCUCUUGUGAGGCAAUCGCCAAAGAUAUUAAUGUCUUGUUUUAAAUCAAAAACUGACCGUGGAGUAAAGCUGGCAUCUAUAGGUCCAGGACCUGGUCAUUACAACCCAACAGAUCACAUCAAAAAGCCAAAGAAAGGUCUUUUCCCGAGAAACCCUGUACUGAACUUCUCUGCCCAGCCUUUGCCUUUGCCCCCAAAGCCGCCUCUCCCAGGCCCUGGGCAGUAUGAAAUUGUGGACUACGCCGGGCCUCCCAAGCACUUCAUCUCCAGCGCAUCAUUUGUGUCCAACACCAGCCGGUGGGCAACAGCAUCAGCUCAGUCAGACAUGCCUGGUCCAGCCUCGUAUAGGCCAGAAUUCCCAGGAAAGCAGUCCUUCCUCUACAAUGAGGACAACAAAUGGAUCCCAGUGUUGUAAUAACCUCCCACAGGCUGACGAGAACUCCGGUCACCAGCUACCCCACCCAGCUUCCUCAUGACAUUCAUUUAGAGACUGUUUACUCUCCAAUAACUGGGGACAGGGAGGCAGCUCUGCCACCUGGCUGAGCUGUUUCAUUUGUCCUUGUCUUGUGCUUCCUCUUAGAGGAUGAAUCCCACCCCCCCACACACACAUACACAUUAACUCCCAUGGUUUUUCUGAUCAGAUGUGAAGAGUGGCCCUCUGGUCACUUCCCUAUGCUUCAGGACAAGCUUCUGAAGCUCUGGCUCCAGCUGGACUCUGGGGUCAGCCCCUGCUGGCCAGGCAUACUCCUAUUUUGACCUUGACUCCCACGCU